GGAGCGGGCCCUGGGGCGGGGCGGGGCGGGCGGAGCUGAGGGCACUUCCUGCCGCCGCCAUUUUGUCAUCGAACAGGAGGAGGAAGCGGCGGCUCCUGUGCGGCGGCGGCGGCGCGGCGCGGCCCCGCGGUAUUUCUUUCGAUAGUAGCUUUGAAAAUGAAGGUCAGAGGGCUCAGCUGGUGAAGACGUACAGAACGCCUCAAAGAGUCAACUCUGAUUUAAGGGACUAACGCGCAGGCGCCUCCGUUUCCUCGGACAGGGCCCCGAAGGUAGACGAUCCAGAUACAGUAUCUAAAGGCAUUUGUGCCUGAAGCCACGGAAGAUAGAUGGACAAGCCAAGCAACUUCUGACUCUGCAUCAUUUUCUGGGGCAAAAUUAUAUGGCAAUGUAUCCUACAAGGUAAUGUAGCCCCUGCAGUGAGUAAAGAGGAUUCCUUUCGCUUGGCCACCAGUUCGAUAAGGACAGGUUGUCGCUCGCAAGAAAGCAGCCCUCCUUUCACGUGCAAACUCGAGAGCCAACCUAGAGGGAGCAGCACGAGCUGGAAGCAAAAGUCAAGGGAUUUGCGGAAAGAAAAUCCAAAUUGCAUCCAAACGGUGUCAUGUUUGAGCCAAAGCUCCUCUGGGAAGAGUCCACAGAGAGCAGGGUGUCCGGUGAGGAAUGCAAUGGGAUCAAUAGCAUGUCUGCGGAGAGCGGCCCUGGGACGAGACUGAGAAAUUUGCCGGUGAUGGGGGAUGGACUAGAAACCACCCAAAUGUCUACGACGCAGUCGCAGGCCCAACCCCAGCAAGGCAGUACCGUCGGUGUUAACCCCCCUCCACCGGAGACCUCCAACCCCAACAAGCCCAAGCGACAGACCAACCAGCUGCAGUAUCUGCUCAAAGUGGUGCUCAAGACGCUAUGGAAGCACCAGUUUGCGUGGCCUUUCCAGCAGCCCGUGGAUGCUGUCAAGCUGAACCUCCCUGAUUAUUAUAAGAUUAUUAAAACUCCUAUGGAUAUGGGAACAAUAAAGAAGCGCUUGGAGAAUAACUACUACUGGAAUGCUCAAGAAUGUAUCCAGGACUUUAACACAAUGUUUACAAAUUGUUACAUCUACAAUAAGCCAGGGGAUGACAUAGUCUUAAUGGCAGAAGCUCUAGAAAAGCUUUUCCUGCAGAAAAUCUCCGAAAUGACCCAGGAAGAAACUGAGAUUGUUAUAGCCCAGACAAAAGGAAGAGGACGCGCGAGGAAGGAACCAGUUACAUCCAAACCAGGCUCGUCGACGGUACAGAACGCGACCCAAGCGUCGUCCCCGGCCCAGACGCCGGCCCCGCCGCAAAACCUCCAGUCUGCACAGACGACUCAUUCCUUCCCUUCUGUCACCCCCGACCUCAUCGUCCAGACGCCAGUAAUGACGAUGGUGCCUCCUCAGCCACCCGCGCCUCCGCCGCCCGCGCCCCAAGCCCCCGCUCCGCCGGCCCCGGCCCCCCAGCCCAUGCAGCCUCACCCUCCCGUUAUCCCCACUCCCGCCCAGCCCGUGAAGACAAAAAAAGGAGUGAAGAGGAAAGCAGACACCACCACACCGACGACGAUAGACCCGAUUCACGAAUCGUCAUCCCUGCCCACCGAACCCAAGUCCACCAAGCUGGGUCCGCGGAGGGAAAGCAGCCGCCCGGUGAAGCCUCCAAAGAAGGACGUUCCAGACUCGCAGCAGCACGUGGUAGAGAAGAGCAGCAAAGUGUCGGAGCAGUUAAAAUACUGCAGCGGGAUCAUCAAAGAGAUGUUCGCCAAGAAGCACGCUGCCUACGCCUGGCCCUUCUACAAACCUGUGGACGUGGAAGCCCUGGGACUGCAUGAUUAUUGCGAUAUCAUUAAGCAUCCCAUGGAUCUGAGCACAAUCAAAUCUAAACUGGAGAACCGGGAAUACAGAGAUGCUCAGGAAUUCGCCGCCGACGUGCGAUUGAUGUUUUCCAAUUGCUAUAAAUACAACCCCGCCGAUCACGAGGUGGUUGCGAUGGCACGGAAACUGCAGGACGUGUUUGAGAUGCGCUUUGCUAAAAUGCCGGACGAACCAGAAGAACCUGUGAUUCCGGCCUCUUCUCCCGUGGUGGUGCCGCCUCCGACCAAGGUGGCUCCCCCUUCGUCCAGCGAUAGCAGCAGCGAUAGCUCCUCCGACAGCGACAGCUCGUCGGACGACUCCGAGGAAGAGCGAGCUCAGCGGUUAGCAGAACUCCAGGAACAGCUUAAAGCAGUGCAUGAACAGCUUGCAGCCCUGUCGCAGCCCCAGCAGAACAAACCAAAGAAAAAGGAGAAAGACAAGAAGGAGAAGAAGAAGGAGAAGCACAAAAAGAAGGAGGAACUGGAAGACAGCAAGAAAAGCAAAGCCAAGGAGCCGCCGCCCAAGAAGGCGAAGAAAAGUAACAGCAACAGCAGUACCUCCAGUAGUAAGAAGGAGCCUGUGACGGUGAAGAACAGCAAGCCCCCUCCAGCCUACGAGUCUGAGGAGGAGGAGAAGUGUAAGCCCAUGUCCUACGAGGAGAAGAGGCAGCUGAGCCUGGACAUUAAUAAACUCCCCGGUGAGAAACUGGGCCGAGUUGUCCAUAUCAUCCAGUCGAGAGAACCCUCGCUUAAAAACUCCAACCCGGAUGAGAUUGAGAUUGACUUUGAGACGUUAAAACCAUCCACGUUACGGGAGCUGGAGAGAUACGUAACGUCGUGUUUACGGAAGAAGCGGAAACCUCAAGCAGAGAAAGUGGACGUAAUUGCUGGUUCCUCUAAGAUGAAGGGGUUCUCCUCCUCAGAGUCUGAGAGCACCAGCGAGUCCAGCUCCUCCGACAGCGAAGAUUCAGAAACAGAGCUGGCGCCGAAAGCGAAGAAGAAAGGGCAUUCGGGGCGAGAGCCGAAAAAGCAUCACCAUCACCACCAUCAGCAGGUGCAGCAGCAGCAGCCGCCGGCGGCGGUGCCGCAACAGCCGCCGCAACAGCCGCCGCAACAGCCGCCGCCGCAAGCGCCGCAGCUGCAAGCGCAGCAGCUGCAGCCCCAGCCGCCGGCGCCGCCCGUGCCGCCGCAGGCAGCGCCGCCGCCGCCGCUCAAGUCCUCGCCGCCGCCGCCGCCUUUCGUGCCCGCCCAAGUGCCGGUGCUGGAGCACCCGCUGCCGGGCACCAUGUUCGACGCCAUGACGCAUUUCGCCCAGCCCAUCCUGCACCUGCCCCAGCCGGAGCUGCCGCCCCACCUGCCCCCGGCGCCCGAGCACAGCACUCCUCCGCACCUCAACCAACACGCCGUGGUCUCGCCGCCAGCUUUGCACAACGCCCUGCCGCAGCAGCCCUCGAGGCCCAGCAACCGAGCCGCCGCGCUGCCCCCGAAGCCGCCGCGCCCGCCGGCCGUCUCGCCCGCCCUGAGCCAGCAGCCCCUGCUCCCUCAGCCGCCCCUGCCCCAGCCGCCCCAGGUGCUGCUGGAGGACGAGGACCCGCCGGCGCCCCACCACAGCCUGCCUCUGAGCGCCAGCCAGAUGCAGCUCUACCUGCAGCAGCUGCAGAAAGUGCAGCCGCAGACUCCGCUUCUCCCUUCAGUGAAGGUCCAGUCGCAGCCGCCGGCGCCCCUGCAGCCGCCGGCGCAUCCCGCCGUGCCCCAGCUGCAGCACCCGCCCCAGCAGCGGCCCAUGCACAUGCAGCCCCUGCCCUUCCCUCCCCACCUGCCCCAGCCGCAGCCCCCGCCGCAGCAGCACCCGCCCCCGCCGCAGCCCCAGCCGCAGCCCCCGCCGCAGCCGGCGAAGCCCCAGCAAGUCAUCCAGCACCACCCGUCGCCCCGGCACCAUAAGCCCGAUCCCUACUCGACCGGUCACUUGAGGGAAGCCCCUUCCCCUCUCAUGAUGCAUUCCCCACAGAUGCCGCCGUUCCAGGGCUUGGUCCACCAGUCGCCACCCCAGCCAAGCAUCCAGCCCAAAAAACAGGAGAUGAGGGCCGCCUCUGUCGCGCAGUCGCAGCCGCUGGCGGCCAAGGAGGAGAAGAUGCACUCGCCCGCCGUCCGCACCGAGGCCUUCAGCCCGCCGCUGCGGCCGGAGCCGCCGAAACACCCCGAGGGCGUCAAGGCGCCGGCGCACGGCCAGCCGCGAGCCGAGAUGAAGCCGCUGGAGGGCGGGCGGCCCGUCAUUAGGCCCCCCGAGCAGACGCCGCCGCCGGCGGCACCCCCGCCACCCCCGCCCGGCGGGCCGGACAAGGACAGGCAAAAACAAGAGCCCAAAACACCCGUCGCCCCCAAAAAGGACCUGAAGAUUAAAAACAUGGGCUCAUGGGCGAGCUUGGUGCAGAAGCACCCCACCACGCCGUCCUCCACGGCCAAGUCCUCCAGCGACAGCUUCGAGCAGUUCAAGCGGGCGGCGCGGGAGAAGGAGGAGCGCGAGAAGGCUCUGAAAGCCCAGGCGGAGCAGGUGGAGAGGGAGAAGGAGCGUCUGCGGCGGGAGCAGGAGAGGAUGAGGAGCCGCGACGACGACGACGCCAUGGAGCAGGCUCGCCGGGUGCACGAAGAAGUCCGGCGGCGCCAGGAGCAGCAGCAGCAGCAACAGCAACAGCAACAGCAGCAGCAGCAGCAGCAGCCGCCGCCUCCGCCGCAGCCGCAGCAGCAGCAGCCGGUGGCGGCGGCCGCCUCGGCGCCCCAGGCGCAGAGCUCGCAGGCGCAGCCCUCGCAGUCCAUGCUGGAUCAGCAGAGGGAGAUGGCCCGGAAGCGGGAGCAGGAGCGGCGGCGCAGGGAGGCGAUGGCAGCAACCAUCGACAUGAAUUUCCAGAGCGACCUGUUGGCAAUAUUCGAAGAGAACCUUUUCUAAAGAGCCGCCUGGGGUUUCGCCUCCUGCCUCUCGCCGAGCUGCCCCCCCCGCCCCCCUCCCGAAACCCGGCGAAAAGAAAGAAAAACGCCCCCCUUCCCCCCCAAAAAUCCCGGGAACUCUCCGGAGAGAGAGCGCGUGUGCCGGCCGGGAGGCGAGCGGUGCCGGCGAGGGCCCCUCCCCAGCCUUCCUCCCCCUCCUCCUCCUCCUCUAUGCCAAACGUAUUCACGGUAUAUCCGGGCCUUUGCGUUCUGCCCGCUUGGUUUUUUUUUUUUUUUAUUAUUAUUAUUAUUAUUAUUUUCGGUCGGUUUUAACCCCCCCACACAAAAAAAAUCCCCCCCCCUCAACCGAGGGCCUCGGCUGGGGGAAGGGAGCCGCGGCGCCGCAUCCCGCUCGGCGCCCGCAGCCUCCUGGCCAGCCCAGGAGAUUCCCCCGAUCCUUUUUUCCCUGGUUUUUCCGGGAUAUAUAUAUAUAUAUAUAUAUAUAUUCCCCCCCCCAAAAAAAACAACCAACCCGCAACCCCAUUCCCGGGCUUUCCCCGCCGCCGGGGGGGGGGUUUCCGCCUCCCCCCAUCUCCCCGCCGGCAGCAUCUCCGCCAGCGUCCGCUCGUGCAAAAGGGAAGAGCCCCCCCCUCGGGGGGGGGGGGGGGGAGACGUUGCAGCCGAAAUCUUUUAUUUUUUACUGUUUCCCCCCUUUUUUUCCCCAGUUUCGGUGCCGCGGUCCGGCGGUCAGAGCUAGUUCUCCCAACCAAAGUCAGUCCAGGGCAGGGGGGGGGGGCGGUUCGGGGCACGGGGGGGGGACACACGGUUUCGCUUUAUUUCCUUCCUCCUGCGGGAAAAAAACGGCCGCCGCUCUCCCCCCCCCCCCGGGGGCUGUUUUACAUCCUCGUCGCGGCUGGAGGGGGGGGGAAACACCCCCCAAAACCCCCCCACCGGCGGCGGAGUCGCCGCCCGGCCGCUCGUGUUUGCCUGUGGCUGUAUUGUAUAGUGAAUAUAGUUGGCAUAUAUUUGUUUGAGGUUAUUAAUUCCUUUGUUUUUUCCUGUUUUUUCUUCCUUUUCUUUUUUCCGGGGGGGGUCGGGGAGGGGGGGCACGAGCCCACCCGGCUCGUGGCGUAAAAACACUUUGCUUCUCUUUUCUUUCCGCUCCCCACGGGGGUUUUUUUUUUUUUUUUUAGCCUCUUUGCAAACCGCCGCGUCGUGCCGGGUGGUUUUUUUUUUUUUAAAUAACGUCUCAACCGCAAAAAAAAAAAAAAAAAAAAGUUGUUUUUAUACUGGGAACGGAUCCAGGAUUGCGGCGGUGGGGGGGACACAAAACGCGGGAGCCGGCCCCCCCCCCCCGGCCACCCCGUUUCCCCCUCGGAUUUUCUUUCCCGGCCCCGUUCGGACGUGAUGGUGCCAUAAAUCCCCACUCUACAGCGCGAUCCCGGCGCGCCGGCAGCGGGCGAGCUCCGGAGUUUAAACGGAUCGGGGUUGUUUUCGGGGGCGGGGGGGGUCGUUUUUUUUGGGUUUUUUUUUUUGUUUUUUUCCUUUAAUAUACAGUGAAUAUGCAUUUUGGUCUGUACUGAUCAUGGAAUAAACGCAUCUCUUUUUUUUUAA